GAUCGCCACGAUCGCCAUAAAAUAAAAUUCCUGAGCUGGGAGGAAAAUUUGGGUUCUCGCGGAUAGUUUUUGGUGCGUAAUUCGUGAAAAAGAGGGUCAACACGAUAAACGAUCCACGAUGAUCCGCGCUCCGGAGUGAUCGUCGUUGGUGGGCCAUCCGUGUGAUCACGGUUUCGUAGAAUCACAGCCCACAGUUUCACCUCCCCAGAAUGGCAUUCCUUUGCCCCGUCCGCAUUCGUCGUGGGAAAAAAAAGAAACCCUUAGGCAGUGAUAUCGAUAAGGACUCCAGCAGUUUGGGGCUGAAUCAUGGCAUGGGCCGGAUCACAGGCUCGGCCAGCAUCGAGACGCUCGUGAGGGUGGGCAUCGAGAAGGAGCAUGGGCUUAGCCCGGAUAGCAAGAUGGUGGUCCUGCACGACUUUACCCCCUGCGUGGACGACGAGUUGGAGGUUAAACGGGGCCAGAUCGUCAACAUACUCUACCGCGAGAAUGAUUGGGUGUACGUGAUAGGCCAGGACACGCGGCAAGAGGGAUUCAUUCCACACUCCUACUGUGCCCCAUUCAACACGCAGUUGGCUGAUCUUGCGAUCAAGAAGAAGCUACCGCGCGAUCUGUCGACAAUGGGUGUUGGCUCUGGAGGACCGGGCGGUAUAGGCGGCACAGGAGUCGGUGGUCCCGGGAGCGGACUUGUGAGCGGAGGUGGGCUUACUGAUCUAACCGAUGGCAUGCCGGACAUCAGCAUCGACGUACUGGACGAUGGGCCCGGUAUGCUGACGAACGCGCUGAAGCACUCGCAGGCGAGCCUCAGUUCGGAACCGGACUUUUUACCCUUUGCCAAGGACCCGAGCGGUCGGUAUAUUGUGCUGUACACAUUCAUUGCGCGCGACGAGAAUGAUGUAUCGGUCGAGAGGGGAGAAUUCGUGACCGUUCUGAACCGUGAGGAUCCCGAAUGGUUCUGGAUCGUGCGAAGUGACGGCCAGGAAGGCUUCAUCCCCUCCGGCUUCGUAUAUCCAGCGGAAAACAUUCUCCAGGGUCAGUCCGGCAAACAGCAACAGCAGCAGCAGCAGCAAGGUGUAAAUAGUUUGGAUGUGACCCUCUCACCGAUGGGUGGUGGAGGCAACAUGACCAUCAAUGCAAGUCAGCAUCAGCAACACCAGCAACAGCAGCACCAGCAGCAGCAGCAACAGCAGCAUCAGCAGCAAUCGCAACCGGGCAUCGGUUCGGAUGAUUUGCGAUAUCAUGGCACAGAGUUGGUGAUGCUGUACGAUUAUAAGGCACAGGCACCGGAUGAUUUGAGCGUCCGCCGGGGAGACUGGAUCUACGCAGACCUCAACAAUCAAACGGUGGACGGGUGGCUUUGGGCGUAUGCACCGAAAACCCGCAAGUACGGUUUCAUACCCAAAGCGUAUGCUAGACCGCCAGCCAUGACCAGUCUGUAGAGCAACUCGAUCCACAUUCCACCGACGAUAAGCGUCACAGUAUUUUGUCUUUCUUCCGUUUAUGGUUAGACUUAAUUUAUUUGUAAACCAACUAGCGAUGUACUUAAAAGCGAGAAUGGCGAAGUUUCUCUUCGUUUUUAUCCACAUGGUGCCCGAGAUCCGAUGCUAUUUGGGCAUUGACCAUUCCAUUCGAGCCAUCCAGUAAUCACGAUGGGCAUGCUGCUCUGCUUUCUGGGUGGUUUAUAAUAUAACACUCUCUCCCUCUUGCCCUCCGUAUCGUGAAUUAACGAUUGUUUUGUGUGUAUUUUAUGGACAAGACUAUUAACUUUAUUUGUAUUAAUAUAUUUUAUAAUAAAACGAACAAAGUGGCCAACGUCUAAAUACUACCGGCUCCACUGGGUUCAUUUC